AUGACAGGCCGUCAAAAUGAAUACUUCAUCCCCGGUGAUGGAAUUAGCCGGGAGGUCAUUCAAGCAGAUAUCUGUCGUUACCUCGGAAAUGAUGCUCUUGUGAGACCCGGCAACCACAAUGGUCGCCCAGGGUUCUUCAUCCGAGCUUAUCGGAAUCUCACCUCAGAGAUGAUUGCUGAUUUGAAGAAUGACUCCUCUCGCUGGGAAGCAGACGUCUCCCGUCGGGCUGACCUAGGCCAUCCUAGAGGAAGUUACUCUCAAGAUGCUCCUAACCCUGUGUCAUCGAGCUAUGCCCCAGCUCCCAUCCAUGAGGUUCGCCAUGAGGUUCGCCAACAACCGGGGCCUUCCCCUCCUACUUUCAGUGCUGCUCCGGUACAAUAUAUGGACGGCGGCUACGCUCACUCCCAAAGCCCAUAUGGAGGAUCCCAAAAUAAUCCCUACAACCAACCUCCUGUCUCUUACCCCACAUCUCACUCGCCAUAUGGAAAUGUCUCAGCCCCUUACCCUCCUCCUCAAGUCUCCUACUCUGGUCCCUCUCAACCCAUUGUAACGGCAGCUGACAUCCACCCUUCAUCAUACACAUACUCCACCACUGGCUAUGGUUACGAGGGCGGCCGAAAUGCCCCCAGGUACCCGGGACCCGGUUAUGAUAAUGAAGCGGAUUACCCUCCCCAGACCAGCGGGAUGACUUAUCCUCCCACUACUGCCCCAGAUCCCCGGAUAGGAAUGGAGCCAAGAUAUACUCCGGAAUUUGAGCGCAGUAGGCCCCAACCUACCAGAGAAAGAGAGCCUCACCGUCGGCGGUAA